AUCACGUGAUGGAGAGGCGGGGACGUGCUAGUGCGCCUGCGCAGUGAAGAGCAUCCCUGUCGCUGUGUCGCGUGCCCGGGGAUGCCAGCGGGGCAUGGCGGCGCGCGGCGGCGUGGAGGAGAUGCGGAGCCGUGUGGUCCUUGGGGAGUUCGGGGUCCGCAACGUGCACACCACGGACUUCCCCGGCAACUACCCCGGGUACGACGACGCUUGGGACCAGGCCAAGUUCGAGAAGAAUUUCCGGGUGGACGUGAUCCAUAUGGACGAGAGCACGCUGGAGUUUGACAUGGUGGGGAUCGACGCAGCCAUCGCCAAUGCCUUCCGGCGUAUCCUGCUUGCUGAGGUGCCAACGAUGGCUGUAGAGAAGGUCUUUGUGUACAACAACACGUCCAUCGUGCAGGAUGAGAUCCUGGCCCAUCGCUUGGGCCUUGUUCCCAUCCGAGCUGACCCACGCCUCUUUGAAUAUAAGAAUCAAGGUGAUGAGGAAGGCACAGAAAUUGACACGCUGCAGUUCCAACUGAAAAUCAAAUGCAACCGGAACCCUUGCGCAGCCAAGGAGUCAUCUGACCCCAAUGAGCUCUACGUUAAUCACAAAGUGUACAGCAAACACAUCACAUGGGUGCCCCUAGGAAAUCAAGCAGACCUGUUCCUAGAUGCAGAUUUGCGGCCUGUUCAUGAUGACAUCCUUAUUGCCCAGUUGCGGCCUGGCCAGGAAAUUGAUGUGCUCAUGCACUGUGUCAAAGGCAUAGGUAAAGACCAUGCCAAAUUUUCUCCAGUGGCCACAGCUAGUUACCGGCUGCUGCCUGACAUCACUCUGCUGCAGCCUAUUGAGGGGGAGGCAGCUGAGACGCUGAAGAAGUGCUUCUCUCCUGGAGUUAUUGAGAUUCAGAACAUCAAAGGGAAGAAGGUAGCAAGAGUGGCCAAUGUUCGGAUGGACACAUUUAGCCGGGAGAUCUUUCGGCACGAUGAUCUGAAAAACCUUGUGCGCCUGGCACGAGUGCGAGAUCACUACAUAUUCUCAGUGGAGUCUACAGGUGUCCUACCCCCAGAUGUGUUGGUGAGCGAAGCCAUCAAAGUGCUAAUAGGGAAAUGUCGACGGUUCCUGGAUGAGUUGGACUCCAACCACAUGGACUGAGCAGUUCAAGGCCUCAUGUUUGAGAAGCAGAGACUGAUUCUAUUGGCCUGGGCUCUUUAUCUGCAGGGAUUGUUUCCAACCCACAAGCCUCUGUAAACAGGAAGCGUACCUUCUGUGUUACCAAGCAAUGGGACCAUCCAUCAACUAUCCCCCAUACUGUAUGUAAGCAAGCAGGUGGACACACUAGAAAUGAAGGUGUGCUGUUAACAGUUUCAGGACUGAUAGCACCUCCACUUCCAGCUAUGUAUAUACACUAGCAGGAGCCUAGGAAAGUUUUAUGACUCAUUUUCUAAUGGUGUGCAGCACCGGCAGAGGAAGGCACAACAGGGGCUUGUACUGGCCACGGGGCUUGACUAAAGGCCCUAGGUCUUCUAACUGAAGCCUUGCUAAGGAGAAGACCCAGCUUCAGCCAGAGGCAGAUUGUGUGGAAUUGUUAAUAAAGUAGAGGCUGUUUUAACUGUCAGACUUUAUUCAAUAAAUUUAGCCUGGGGGUGGCUUGAUUUUCUAAGGGGGUAAGUGGAAAGAGUUGCACUUAAUUCAUUAACAAUAAAAAUGCUAGUGCUGCAACACUUGAGCUGGUGCUUCAGAAGGUGAGCUAUAGUGUUGAGAGGCUAAAAUGCCACUUUCCCUUUUUUCCCUUCAGCAGAAGCAAUUGCUGUAUUUGCUAAAAUGGAUAUUUGAUCACCAAAGGGAAGAGAGAUGCUAAGACCAUCUCUAUUAAGAGGGGGUAUGCUCUGUGAAAGUUUAAAGCAGUACUGCUUACACAGGAGCAUGGGUUUUUGGUCAAGCAGCACAAAUUGAUAGAAAAAUAAAAUUGGAUUUUAAACAUUCUUAGGCAGCUGUAGGCCUAACAUAAGCCUAGCUAAAGAAAGUUUUAGAAAAGGAUACUAGCCUAUUCAUAUGGAGUCCCAUCUGCUAAAUGUAGGCAUGUGAUCUGUGUGACUGCAGAUUUCAUCACAACUAAUGAAACUAGUAAAAGGGAAAGUAUAAUAUUCAAGUAAGGAUCACAGUGGAGAGGGAGUGCUGCCCUGGCUCUGAGCCUGUUCAUUAUACACAAGCAGCUUGCUUCUUAGGUUGCAACUAAGUAUUAUUAAUCUUUAUUUAUGGGCUCCAGUAGGGGACCAAAAAUAAAAGAAUAUCAGUAUCCUACUACCCUAAAAAUAAGGCUGCCCAAUUUUUCCCACCUAGGG